CUAGGAGAGCCUUGGUCGGCGGCGGGCAGAGGGCGGCGUGUGCCGUCGAGAGUUUCGAGCCAGCCGGGCUGCGGCUCCGCUGAGGGGCCGGCGGGCGGAGUGGGCCCGGAUCCGGGAGGCUUGAGGGGACGCGCCGGGGCGGCGAGGCUCGCGGCCUGAGAUGUCUCAAGUGUUCUGAAGGAGAAAACAAAAAGCAGGAGAGCAGGGUGGUAGAAGCAGUUCCCAGAGGCCAAGAAAGACCUGGGAAGGAGGGAGACAAAGGCUGCAAAACUUAACCUCUGUGGUGCCCGUAGAGCCCCAGUCUGUAGUGUUACAUGAGGAAGGAAGCGACAGCACGCACCGCACGGUGAACCUGGCUUUCUAACGGAGACCAAGAGAAGGAACAUGACAUUUGGUGCUGGUGGACUUGCUUCAGAUUCAUGCCUUUUCAUUUGCUAAUUUUUUGAGUUGGGAGCAUCCCUGAAGAUGUCAACACUGAGGAUUUGGCUAACACAAGCUUUGCUUAUUUUUUUCACCACUGAAUCUAUAGGUCAAAUUGUGGAACCAUGUGGUUAUAUCUACCCCGAGUUUCCGGUUGUACAGCGUGGCUCUAACCUCACUGCCAUUUGUGUGCUAAAGGAAAAGUGUCUCCAGCAGUACGACGUGAAUGCUAGUUUCAUCGUAUGGAAGACAAACCAUGUUGCUGUUCCCAAGGAGCAGGUCACCGUCAUCAACAGAACCACGUCUAGUGUCACCUUCACAGACAUGAUCCUCCCGACGGUCCAGCUCAUCUGCAAUGUCUUGUCAUUUGGGCAGAUCGAACAGAACGUGUACGGAACCACCGUACUUUCAGGCUUUCCCCCAGAUAUACCUACAAAUUUGAGUUGCAUUGUGAAUGAGGGGAAGAAUAUGCUGUGUCAGUGGGACCCAGGAAGGGAGACAUUCCUGGAAACAAACUACACGUUGAAGUCCGAGUGGGCAACAGAAAAGUUUCCUGAUUGUCUAACAAAGCAUGGCACCUCGUGCAUGGUUAGCUACCCUCCUAUCUAUUUUGUCAACAUUGAAGUCUGGGUGGAAGCAGAAAAUGCCCUCGGGAAGGUCUCAUCAGAGGGUAUCAAUUUCGAUCCCGUGGAUAAAGUGAAACCCAGCCCACCACAUAAUUUAUCAGUGAGCAACUCAGAGGAAUUAUCCAGUAUAUUAAAGUUAACGUGGAUCAAUUCAGGUUUUGGCAGUUCUUUAAGGCUGAAAUCCGACAUUCAAUAUAGGACCAAAGAUGCCUCAACUUGGAUCCAGGUCCCUCUUGAAGAUACAGAGUCUCCCCGAACUUCCUUCACCAUCCAGGACCUUAAACCUUUCACAGAGUAUGUGUUUAGGAUCCGCUCCAUAAAGGAGGACGGCAGAGGCUACUGGAGCGACUGGAGUGAGGAGUCAAGUGGGGUCACGUAUGAGGACAGCCCAUCCAAACCGCCGAGUUUCUGGUAUAAGAUAAGUCCACCCCAUACUCCGGAAUCUAGAACUGCACGGCUCAUAUGGAAGGAAUUACCUCUUUCUGAAGCCAAUGGAAAAAUCUUGGAUUAUGAAGUGACUCUUACACAGUGGAAAUCAUUUUCACAAAAUUACACAGUUAAUGGUACAGAAUUGAUAGUAAAUCUCACAAAUAAUCGCUAUACAGCAUCUCUAGCAGCAAGAAAUAAGGUUGGCAAAUCAGAUCCAGCUGUCCUCACCAUCCCCAGCUCCCACUUCAAAGCCUCUCACCCUGUAGUGGAUCUUAGCGCAUUCCCAAAAGAUAAGAAGCUCUGGGUAGAAUGGACUCCUCCACCAAAGCCUGCGAAGAAAUACAUAAUCGAGUGGUGUGUGUUGUCAGAUAACUCACCCUGUGUCCCAGAUUGGCAGCAGGAAGGUGGCGCCGUGACACAGACCUACUUAAGAGGAAGCCUCCUGGAGAGCAAGUGUUACCUGAUCACCGUGACUCCGGUGUUCUCCAGUGGACCCGGGAGCUCCGAGUCAGUAAAGGCCUACCUCAAACAGGCUGCACCUUCUAGAGGACCCAUUGUUCGCACAAAGAAAGUGGGGAAAAAUGAAGCUGUCUUAGAAUGGGACCAGCUUCCUGUUGAUGAACAGAAUGGAUUUAUUAGAAACUACUCUAUCUCUUAUAGAACCAUCAUCGGAAAUGAAAUCGUUGUGCAUGUGGAUUCUUCCCACACAGAAUAUACACUGUCCUCCUUGAGUAGUGAUACGCUGUACAUGGUCCAAAUGGCAGCAUACACAGAUGAGGGUGGAAAAGAAGGUCCGGAAUUCACUUUCACAACACCAAAGUUUGCUCAAGGAGAAAUAGAAGCCAUAGUCGUGCCCGUGUGCCUAGCAUUCCUCCUGACGACUCUUCUGGGCGUCCUGUUCUGCUUUAAUAAACGAGACCUAAUUAAAAAACACAUCUGGCCUAAUGUUCCAGAUCCUUCAAAGAGUCAUAUCGCGCAGUGGUCACCUCAUACCCCCACAAGGCACAACUUUAGCUCCAAAGAUCAAAUGUAUUCGGAUGGCAAUUUCACUGAUGUGAGCGUUGUGGAAAUAGAGGCCAACAACAAAAAGCCUUGUCCGGACGAUCUGAAGUCCCUGGACCUGUUCAAGAAGGAGAAAGUGAGCAUGGAAGGCCACAGCAGCGGCAUUGGGGGGUCUUCCUGCAUGUCGUCGUCCAGGCCCAGCAUCUCCAGCACCGAGGAGGCGGGGUCUGCUCAGAACACCGCGAGCACCGUGCAGUACUCCACCGUGGUGCACAGCGGCUACCGGCACCAGGUCCCCUCCGUGCAGGUCUUCUCCAGGUCCGAGUCCACCCAGCCCCUGCUGGACUCCGAGGAGCGGCCCGACGAGCUGCAGUUGGCGGAUCCUGUGGACGGCAGUGAGGAGGUUUUGCCCAGGCAACAGUAUUUUAAACAGAACUGCAGUCAGCCUGAAACCAGUCCAGAUAUUUCACAUUUUGAAAGGUCGAACCAAGUGUCGUCGGGCAGUGAGGAGGAUUUUGUCAGACUGAAGCAGCAGCAGGUCUCAGGUCGCAUCUCUGAGCAGCGGAGGCUGUUUCCGGAAGGCCCUGCAGCAGAUGCUCUUGGCCCAGGAACUGAUGGACAAGUAGAGCGGUUUGAACCGGUUGGAAUGGAGACAGCGAUGGAUGAAGAAAUUCCCAAGAGUUACUUGCCACAGACUGUAAGACAAGGUGGCUACAUGCCACAGUGAAAGACUGGCCUGCGCAGCCUCAGCAGGUCCUGUGAAGGGAAGCUAAAAUCCUCGUCUGUGACGUCAGAUGGAAAAUCAGCUUCACUCCUGAAAAUUAUCAUUGCCCCUGAGGACACAGUCACAAGGGGCACCUCCGUUCCGGAUGUCUGGGAUUCUCCUCCAAGCACUACAUGAACUGACUUCAUCCUCUAAACAGCUGAAGGACUCUGUUUCGGGAUGUCUGCACUGAACAAAGUGUGUCUGGGAUUUAGAAAGCUUUUUGUUUUGCUCCACAGAAAGCAGAAUUCUAAUGAGCCGAGGCGUAGUACAACGUGCUGGUUUAAUAAGACUGGUCACCCAGAUGCCAGGAGCAAAGGUCUAGCCCCUCUUCAGCCAGCAGCAUCAUUUAAAAGUGCCAUGGCGCCGACUGUCCAGAUUUUGUCGUUUGGCAAAAGAAAUAGUGAGGCCGGGUUCGUUUCUGGUUCUCCGGUUAGAGAACACUGCCUGCCUCCUGCUGUUUUAUCAGUGCUGCCAGUUGUUACUGAAGGAAAGGAUAAACUUGAAAAAUGAGCCACAGACAAGUUCCCAUUUUCUCACUAUUACCCCAGACCUCUCACAACUCUGCUCAUUGAUAACCUCUUUAAAGUGAAUUUCACCAACCCUGUCGAGGGCGCUGAUAGGGCUAGCAGUGAACUCCAGCUGUAAACCAGCUCAAGCAUUUGCAAAAUUGCUAUGUAAGCUGCUGACAGGUUUUUGAAUGCACACAGACACCAGGACAGAUGAUUCCAAAGGCUGGUUGAGGAAGCACUUUAUACAGUAUGCAUUCAGCUCAAAAUGAUUUUAAUUGACUCCACCUUGUUUUUAUUUUCAAGAAUAGCAAGGUGUUUACUGAAGGACAGCAUUCACCACAGCCCCAAGCAGAACCCCAGAACACAAGCCAUCUUAAUGGCUGCCACAGUGGCUGAGGGCCUUGUCGAAUGGAGCUGAAGAAGCUGUAGGGUUUUGUAGAGUUUGCUGGGUGGGGAUUGAACCCAUGGCCUUGUACAUGCUAGACACUCUACCACUGAGCUCCCCACCCACACAUCUCAUUAUGUUGUUUAGGCUCAAGUGAUCCUCCUGUCCCAGCUUCCUGAGUACCUGGGACUUGGGGUGUGUGCUGCCACACCCAACAAGAGAUGGCAUUUUUAAUAUCUGCCAUUGCUGAGGUAGAGUUUUACAUGUGACUUAGGAGUAUCUUAAACCUAGUCCUUCUGGUUGCUUUGUGAAGGGACAGUCCAGGCAAUCCAGGGGUUAGGACUAAAGCCAUUAAUGUAUUUGUGCCUAACUUCCCAGUGUGACCUGGCCAGGGGCUAAAGGGAGAAGCUGAGUGGACAGGAAGGGACUUCUUCUCCGUUUGUGGCCGGUCACCACUAAGUGUGCUCACAGGAGAAGUUGGGAAGUUUCAGAGCAUGGGCACACUUGAGUAGUUCUAGCAAAAGGCUACGAAAAAUGAUACUCGUUAAGUUGGAUGCAGUUUUACCUUUUACUCUCAGAAUGUUGUUUAUAUUAGAUUUGCUGAUAUAUGUUAUCAUUUCUAUUUUUAUAAUAGCUAAUACUUUUCUGAGUCCCUUCACAUGUAUAAUCCUUGUGAGACAGUAGACACUUUGUUCCAUAUUUUUGUUUAUAUUCAGUUGCCCACUUGGCAAAACCAACAUGAAACUGAGAAAAUGGCAGAAUUGAAAGUAGAUGAUGAAAAGUCAGGAGCAGAGAGGUCAGGUAGGGUCAGAGACCAGAAUUCACACUACAGAGCAGUGGCGUGAUCACAUUCAAGCUGGACCUCAAAGCCUGGUCCAGAUCAAGACUGAAUUUUCUAUGUAUGUAUGUCAAGAAAUUAACACGUGUAAAUGUUUCGUUUUCUCACAGAGGUAGUCUAGUCAUGUUGCUGUAUUCAUGUUUAGCUAUAACCUUCCUCACAUUGAAUAGUGGUGCUGUGAACAUUGUAGUGUGACGUCUGCACUGGGGGGUGGGGGGCAAUUAUCCAGUGUGAGUUUAUGAAUGCGCAUGAGAGACCAUUGAAGGAAGACCUCAAUGAAGCAAGUUUGCAUGUUGAAUCGCAUUCAGAAAAUGUCCCAGUGAGCCAGUGUCCCCACCAACGGAGAUGGUAGUGUGGCCACUGCAUGAAAACUCAUUCAGGAAAUGUAUAAUGGAUCAGCUUUGCCCUGAGAGAGAAAAACCAAUCCUAAAACUUGUCUUAAAUACAGACUUUGCUGCAGCAUGUUUUAGAAUAAUCUGGAUGCAUGUACCUUGUAUUUUAGGUAGGCAAAGAAACUAUUCUGGCUUCUUUGUGUAAAACCAGUCUAAUAAAGCUAGUGUGUAGUUACUCUUUAA